GCGCUAGUGUUUACGGCGAAUUUAUUACCAUGGCUUUUAGAGAUGCUGUCAUUCAACCUUACCAACUUGAACCAGAAUCUGACCCAGAAGGAGAGGUUGUCGAAGAAUAACGGUUCAGAAUAGGUACAGCCUCCACUAAACGUGUUACAUCCUGUUCACUGUGGGUGGUGUGUCCCGGCUCAAGGACUCACACCAACAAGAGAGCGAGAUCAGAUGCAGCUGAGCUUCAGUUGUCCACUCACAGCUUUAACCCCAGCAAUAUCAUGCAACUGAUACAUCUGGAAGCUGCAGUCGUACUUGGGAUUAUCACUCAGAUAUCCAGCGACAGCAUUUCAUCUCCAUCCCCUGACUGUUUUGCUGCUGUUAACACCUGCAUGUCGGAUUUAUGCAGGAGCGAAAGGGCAUUUUAUGGCGGCAUCUGUGAGGAUGAAGCGUGCCAAAUAAAAGGCUCAGAGGUGUGUAACAUGACCAUCCAGACCAUACUGGACCAAUUACCUUCGCUGCAAGGGUGUGUGUGCGACUGGGAGGAGGAGCUUUGUGACUCCAUACAAGUGCUAGCCACACAAUGCCAACCGAAGCCAGCGGUACAGCAGAAGAGGAGCACAGUGGCAGCCUGGCAGUCGAGCACUUUAAUAGAUUAUGUUUACGACGCUGGUGGAUCCUGCUUCGAACGAUUUCGAGUUUGCAUCGGCGAUGCAGUUUGCAACAGGAACCUGGCGCCCGUCCUCCAGGCGUGUAUGGGGGAGCAGUGUGGCAGCGAGGGCUGUCGGCAGGCAACUCAGCAGUUCUAUGGAGACAUGCCACAGAAUCUUGUGGAGAUGCUGGUCAUGUGUGAGUGCGAUGCUGCAGAUCAGAGCUGUUUGCAGACGAAAACCGAUCUGCACAGCGGCACAUGUGGAGAUGAAACCUGGAUCUGCCAGGAUGCUGUUAACCGGUGUGUUGAGGACAGUAACUGCAGGCGUCUGUUAAAAACCUUCCAAGCCAAAUGCUGGAGCCCCGAAGAAGCCCAGUGCAGCGACCAUGACCUCCAAAGAGAAGGAUGUUUCAUUCAGAUGGAUCCAACUCUUAUCCACGGCACAGAUUCUGAAUGUAAAAUGGCCUUUGUGGGUACUUUGGGCACAGCACUUCACCAUCCUUGCACCUGCAAGGGAGUGCACAACAAUGACCUACGGAUGUGCAAUAUGAUUCAAAACACAUUUCACAAUAAAUCACAUUUCAUAAUAUCUUCACAUCACAAGGACAUCAAAGGCAGUGGUGACCCUAAACCUCCUGAAGUCAAUGACGCUCAGCAUGCAGGGUCACAUGAAUAUCUUCUGUAUGGAUUUGCAACCCUGCUACUUGCUGGAGUGCUCAUAUUAAUGCCUCUGGCGAUUGUUAGUAAAAUCUGCUCGCUGAGGAAGAGAGAUGGAACAAAAUUUCACCAUGCACAGAAACACAGCGGCGCUGUUCUCUGAAGUUCAUCAGUCCACGUGAUUAACUCACGAACAUUUUGUGCUUGUUGCACGUAUAACACUAUUCACAAUGUUGACAGGGAUAUGAAUUGCUUUAAAUAACAUCCAGUUGUAGUUUUAAUGUCGCUGUUAACGUCAUACAAAAUGCAGCAAACGAAAAAAAAAAACUACAAACAAACCUUAGAAGAGCGGCAGUUAUCUUAAGUGCACUUUUGUUCUUCAAGGUACUUGGUAGGUGAUUGAUGAUGCAGAGAUCAGGACUCAGUGGGGGACAUACUGUCUGUUGCUGGAGCCCUUGUUCUUCUUGUAGAUAGAUUGUCCGUUAAGACUCUUACUGUUUGUGUGGUCUCAUACUAAGUGAAUUUGGGACCAAUUAAAUCGUUCUCAGAUGAUAUUGCAUGACAUUUAACUAAUUUAAUAAGCACGGUGCACAUCAUAAAUCCUCCAAAGACGCUUAGAGCAUUGUCGGAUGUAAUAUGAUUUUAUUAUAGUGUUUUUUAGCUAACCUUUUAUCAGAGGAGUCUGACUGUUUAUGGUUUAAGAUGCUGUUGUGAUCUUCAGAGCUCAAAAAACAUAAGUAACUUGACUUACAAAAUAAAUCUCUGUCCUUAUAGACAAAACCAAACAGAGGUCGAUUGGUUCACUAUUAACAAAAUUAACAAAACAUCAAUUUAAUUCAGUUACAUUACAAAUUGUCUCAAGACGCUUUGCAAAACCCGUCUGAAACCGCUGGAACAAGCAGGAAGGCAAGGAGAAACUCUCUCAUAUAAGUCAGACAUGAGUUUUCUUUAGGUUGUCAGUUGUCGUUUGUGGUGGUUUAGCACGCUCUGUUCAUCUCUGUGCUGAUCCCCCUGUAUGUACUAAUAAACAUCACUCUGAAGACCUUUAA